AUGUGUGAAUUUGUGCGUACCCUCAUUGAGCCUGUGGUCGCUUUGAACCAGAUUGGCAGUUCUUUCUUUGACACUGCUCUCUUGAUUGUAGUCCAAGAAAGAUAUGAAGUUAUAAACUCAACUGCUUACAACUCUACACCAACUAAUAUCAGUGCAGGGGAAAAACAUCAGGAUGGUAUGACUCGUUUUUUCAUGAUAUACCACAUUCUGUCGAAACUGAUCACCCUUUUCUCCACCUUCUACUUUGCAAAGCUUGAAGACUUCAGGUCAAGAAAGAUCAUCAUUGUUGUGCCUCUCCUGGGCUGCCUUAUCUCCAGAUCUCUGCUUCUCUUUGUGAUCUUUUUCGAUCUGCCCUUGGAGGUGAUAUUUGCCACAGCCUCAUUGGAUGGUCUGAGUGGAGGAUUCACCACUUACUGGACUGGAGUUGUAGUAUUGGUCUGCAGCACCUCUUCAGAGAAGAGAAGAUCAAUCAGGCUCAUCACGACCGAUUUUGCCUAUGGAUUAGCAGGAUUUGUUGGAAGCAUCUUAUCGGGAUACAUCUUCCUCCAUUUAAAGAUAUUACAUUACCAUGGCAUCAUAUUGGUAGCUCUCAGCCUUGCUCUGUAUGUUGUCAACCUGUUUUAUUGUAUUUUGGUGUUGAAGAUACCACCUAAACAACAAAAAUCUGGACCACAAGGUGACAAAGAGCAGAACGAGGAAAGUGACACAUUUACUGAAAAACUGCAAUGCGACAGCGCAGGACAUUUGGUUAAACAUGAGCAUGUAACAGGUGACAUUCAACACAAAAACAGACCACCUGUGGAGAAAACUGAACACAAAACUGCAAGAGUUGUGGAUGACAAAAAUGGAAGAUGUGUGAAUGGACAGUGCUGCAAAGCUGUAUCAAGGAUAUUCGAUGGAAUCAUCCGAGACAAUUGGAGCUCUUGGUGGGCAGAUGGUCACGGAGAUAAAGGCACUUUGUGGUUCAUGGUUGGGGCUGCUGUGCUUUAUGACAUGGCUACAAAAGGGGCCAUGGAUGUGCUGCCAAUAUUUGUGCUGAAUUGGCCUCUCAAAUGGAAUGCCGUCCUGCUUGGGUAUGGAAAUGCCUCAGAGUACGCCAUCUACUUCACCAGCUUCCUUACCAUUUGUUUGUUUUCCAAAUGUGUGAAGGACACCUCCCUCAUCGUGAUUGGAAUGCUGUCCUUUUCCGCAGGGAUGCUGGUCAUGGGCUUUGUCAAGUGGACCUACUUGUAUUUCGUUGCCAGCAUGAUGGAUGGAAAACUGAUCCUCAAAAUGCAGAAACACCAGAAACAGUGA